AUGACCACCGCACGCACGGACUCGCAGACCAUUCAAUAUGGCCGAAGGAGAUCGAACACAUUGCAGUCUACCAUUGGAAACCCUCCGCCAGCCCCUUUGAAACAUGGGGAUUUCAAGGUUCUAAACACCUGGGUCCAUGAACCGAAGGAAUCACCCAAAGUCAUUUUCAACCAGUCUUGGUGGCCUGGUGUGGCGGAGGGCGAUGUCCUCCGCAUAACUGCGCCACAAUCCGAAGACUUUUCCGGGAUUCUCUUCACCAUUUCACUUCCUAAGAAUGCCGCGGAUGUCUUUGGUUUGAAGAACAACACUGAGGUCACAGUAACCAAGGUGGACAGGGAGGAGUACUCGUGCGUAUUCGUCGAGCAGGAGAUAUCUUUUAUUGGUGUCAUAGCCGCCAAAGUACAGAAUAUCUACGUUAACGGUAAGAAGGUAUCGGCCGGCUAUGUAACCUCAAAAACCAAAGCCAUUUAUCGGUCGCUAUCUGCCAAAGUGACCAUCUUCAUCCAGGUUUGCCGCGAACUUUGGGAAUUCGCUGGUGAUGGAGAGCGCUACAACGAGAAAAUUAUUCAUUCAUAUCUCCCUGCUUUAUUUGCUAAAUGGCGAGAAGCUGGCACAAACCAUACUGUCACAAUCGUGCUGAUUUCGAGAGUUUUCUAUGAUGAGUCCGAACUUGAGUACGCGGCGGGCCCCCUGCGUCGUGACGAGGACGGCAAUUGGUACAAAGAUUUUUACAAGGUAAUAACAGACCUCGAAGUCAUCAAUGACUGGAAACCUACCCUUGUUGAUCUCAAAGACUCGUUCUGGGCAUUCCAACGCGAUAUCCUGUUAACUCACCAUUAUCAUCAAGCAUUCGUGGAGUCUACUACACCAGAUCAGGCGCGGUUGGUGGGAAGGAUAUCAUAUGCCCACGACGGACCUAUUCUUGAAUCCUUGAACCUUGCUCUGAACCCGAACGAAACUCAUUAUAUCGAUCGAUCCCUUUCUUUGACCUGGAACUGCAACUAUCCUAAUCACCCCGGGGACAGCUUUCGGGGUUACGAUCCAAAACCUGAUAAAGACGGGAAGAACGGCAGCCGCACCGCCGACCCGCUCUGGGGCGGAGACGAGAUCCCAAACGAUGCGACAAGGCGGGAAAAGGUGACGUUUUGGUGGGAGCCUUUCUGGAUCGGUGUCACUUUUUGGGAUAAGCAGAUGGAUCUUCCCUUCCGACAGGGCAGGUUCAUCGCGAGGGCCAAAAUGCAUGAAAUACAGAUGCUAGGUCUGCUCGCACAUGACGUCCUUGCAAACAUCGAGAUCCCGUUCCUCCCGGAAAUUCGUGAUCCAACAUCUUCACCCCCAAGGGAGUCUCUUGUAGAGCAUAGAGCUCCGACGGCAGCGGAAGCAGAGCAAGCUGACAUGGAAGUAUUUGUCUCCAAGGAAGUACCUCGGCCAUUGCACAUUAAUCGUACUUCGUAUGCCUCCAGUUCGAAUGGAACGGUUGGCACUCUCACCCAUCGUCCAUCAACAGCAAGUGAGAGAAGGGCUAUGGCGUCGCAGCGUGGGUCGAUCACUUCGAGCCGCAUUGCACCCAUCUUAGAAAGCCCUCGACGGAUUUUCAUGGAUUUACCCCGUGAAGGCGAUGACAGUCUAAUUCACUCGUUAACUGGACGUAGCACGUCACCUUCGCAGUCUUCCCUGAGAUCUGAGAGGACUUCCGUACCCUCCGCUUUUAUGGAAGGUCCUACAACGACGUCUGAGACCACCUCGUCUCGCUUGGCGAAGCUUGCUACGUCUUGGUUCUACAAUCCCUUUAGAGUUCCAGUGACUCCUUCAGUCUCCAUCGCUCGUUCUCCUCGACCAAUGGCUAUCCUACAUUCUGCCUCUGGCGGGCCAACAGUGAGCCGUACCUAUGACGAAGACUCUGCGAUACCGCACCACGGAUCCUUUAGGCGGCACUCGCCACUCAACAGCCCGCAGUGCGACGACACAUCGUUCGGGGUGCGUCGUAGAGCAACGCUCACAUCUUUAAAUGUUCCGCUUUCGUCUUCGUUCCCAUCCACGAGCUCGCAUGCGAACCCUUCGCGUCCACAGUCUGCUGUGUCUUACGCGCAGUCUUCGCUCGCCAGCCGCUGGAAACACGUUUUCCCGAUGCCAGUAUACAAGCACGAGGUAAAGUGGGCCUCCAUGGUCACACCUGCCUGCCUCCCACUCACUGUGGAGCACUUCCCGAGCAAUGCUGAGCUCGAGUCUUCUUAUGACGUAUUUUCGUACGACUUUGUAGUGGACCCCACGGAGAUGCGUUCAUUUAUGGUCAAGGCUCCAAAUGUUAUUGGGACGGUGGAUCAGAUUCGUCGAGCAUGGGCAUUAGUCGUGAUGCGCGGCAUGGUGGCGGUCCGACUUGCACAGGGCUUCCAGUUUGUCAUCCGCCCGCGCAAUGCCACCGCAACUGAUGGAAACGCGAAGAUCACGCGGCAUUCUAAGUCGUUUCUGGGUGAAGAAGACGCAACGCCGAAACCGGGUGGAGCGGCUGAGGUGCUGCUCUCUACUAAUGACCCUGUGUAUCUGAGUAUGAGCAACGAGAUCCACCGACUGUCGUAUACGGGGGAGGCGAUCCAGGUACGGCGGUACCCAAUUGAUUACGAGUGCUUGAUUUGGCCCAAGCUGGGGGUUGGGUACACGGAACUCCAGACCAAGUUCGUAUCUCAUGGUCUUGAGAAUUAUGGCUGGAAUAGGCUAGACAUGUUGGUCGCGGGAUACGAACAUCAAUUCAACGAGUCCUUGCGAUACUGGCGCACCAGGUUCGUAGUAAUUCCCUCUGCCGACCCGCCUCAGGUAUAUACGGGUCCAUCUGGUGAGAAGCUGGACGAAGAAGAAAUCCGUUUGAUGGGUAUCGACAAGCUGGCAGAGAUGUUUACUAAAGCCCGUUGGCAAUUUCUGGACGAACGCGGUCAACAAAUGACUCCUGUGCGGUUCCUACCGACUACUCUGGGACCCGUGCACUCCGUUGUGGACGAAUCGUUGAUGGCACAACUCGAUGAAAUCCAUGCCUGCAGAUCGCGGAUAUGUCUCUCAUUGCGAUUCGCCAAGGCAAUGCGAGAGGAGGAUGGGGUGCCGAUCAAGUUGCACAAGUGGCAUAGAAUGAAUUUUCCAGAUUCGUUCACUGGAUUCGACUUCGUGUCGUGGCUCGUUCGUGAAUUCAGGGAUGUCUCGUCGAGGGAGCAGGGUGCGGAAUGGGGGACUAGACUUCUCGAGCAAGGUCUAUUUGUCCACUGCACCGGCCGGCAUGGAUUUCUGGAUGGGCAUUACUUCUACCAGCUGAACGGAGAGUGCGCAACUGUCAGUACGCCCAGAGGUUGGUUCAACAAGCCUCGCCACUCGUCUAAUGAGGACACCUCCACCGGGCGAGGUUAUAGCAUGUCCAACCAGAGCAAACCAAGUGGAAUCAGCCCUAAGCGAAAUAAGAGGCAACUCAUCUUGACGCAGAGCAUGAUCAUCGACGCCGAUUUGACGAAGAAAAGCGACCAAGCGGAGUCGGUUAUUCUGCACCAUGACAUCAUCCAGAACCCUGGCACAGUCUUCCAUUUUGAGUUGCAGUGGAUCGGGUCGACUGCUCGAUGCAUCGACGACAUGCUCCGUCAAUGGGGCAGAACUAUUGAGAAAUAUGGGCUCAAGCUUGUUGAAGCGUACGUAACUGAAAUCAGCGACAUCCGGGAACGCAACCCAUUUCAGUCGUGUUUCCCCAUACGCUUAUCCCUGCCUAUUCCUGUCGUGCCAGACUUGGAGAGGAGGGUCCCUGAGGGAACACAGACUACGCACUACAUGGAAUAUGCGCUGUUGAAGCGAUUUGGGUUCAUUGUCGAUAUCGAGUCGACUAAUAUGUAUCCCCGCGACGUGGACGUGGUAUACUCCUAUCGCAGGGCACCGUUCAAGUAUUCACAGUUCGUACACCGAUCAGGAGUUGCCUUCGUUCAGGUGCUAGGGGACUCACAGGGGUUUCUCUUCCUGACAAACCGCCUCAUGGGUAGUGGGAGGAUGGGUACGACACUCAAAAGCAGGGAUCCCAGGCCCGCAGCAGCAGCUGAGAGGAUCCGGAUGAGGCUCCAGGAGUUUUGUGGUGAUAAAGCAGCACUUCUCAGGUUCUACGAGGAGGAAAUUGCAGCUCUAGGCCCUGACGAACCGCCCCCGCUAAGCAUAUGA